AUGAGGGUGACAUUUCUACACCCAGACCUUGGAAUCGGCGGCGCGGAGAGGCUAGUUUCAAUUUUUAGAAAAAAACUUUUUUUUAUGGUUUCAGAUUAAUUGUCGACGCUGCUGUUGCUCUGCAGGACCGAGGGCAUACGGUAAAAGUCGUCACGAAUCAAUUCGAUACGUCGCACUGCUUCAAGGAAACCGAACAGCUGGGUCAGUUUUUUUUGUUGUUAGGAUAGUUUUCUAAUAUUUCGCGUUUUCCUUCUUCGCUUUCAGCCCUGAUCAGGUAACACCGUUUUUUUUUUCAAAGAAGAAACAAUAACAAUGAUUAAUAUUUGUUAAAUUUUGUUUUCAAAAGGUGCAAAAGGGUUUUAUACAUUUUUCUUCUAAAUAAAGGGUAGUGCAUCAAAUUAUCGUUUCAUUUCGGUAUUCAGGAUUUUGAUUUUUAUGUUUCAAUCAUGAAUAUACUACCUUUUUUAUAUAGGAAGGUUCAAGACGAAGAGUUUAUUGAGAAAAAAAAGUCGGAAAGGUACCUAGUGGUAUGAAAAAAUCGGAAAAGUCACCGUUCGAAAAUUCGCUGGCUUUUUCAUACCUCCCUAAUUCGGACCUGACCGAUGGAUCUCCAAAAUGUAGGCAUUUUGUACAUUUACAGAUAUCCAAGUGGUAAAAUGGUUUCCACGGUCAGUUCUGGGCAAAAUGAACGCCUUGUGUGCUUACAUUCGUAUGUGCCUCGCGGCUCUCUACAUCUGUAUGUUUUAUAGAAGCGACGUGAUUGUAUCUGAUCAGGUUUCGUUCAAAUUCUCCAAUCGCUUCGUCAAUUUAUCUAAUCCAGGUUUCCGCCUGCUUAUGUGUUCUUCGUAUGUUCAGCUCAGCAAAGCUAGUUUUCUAUUGCCAUUUCCCAGAUAUGCUCCUCACUAAGAGGGAAACGGUCGCAAAAUCCGCUUAUCGGUUAUCCUAUUUAAUUUUGGUACCUUUCAAACUUCCAAAAGUUGAGGUUUGUUCUGGAUUCGGUGGAAGAAUGGACGACUUCCAUGGCCGACGUCAUCUGCGUCAACAGCGAGUUCACGGCGGCGGUCGUUCGUCAGACUUUUCCUUCUUUGGCGAAUCGCCACCUCACCGGUUCCUCGAAAUGCUCUGCAGUCACUUAACUCUCGAAUUUGAAGUUGUUUACCCAUCUCUGAACACAAAUUUCUUCGAUUCCAUCGAACGCUGCGAUCUUUCCACGUUUAUUCCUCGUGGAAAACGCUACAUUUUCACUUCCUUGAACCGUUUCGAAGUCAAAAAGAACGUGAAACUCGCUUUGCAAGCGUUCGGUUAGUCGUUUCGAAUGAAUCAUCCAAAUGUUCUGUUUCAGAAGUUUUACGUAAGAGCUUGCCCUCGGAGACUUUCAAAAAGUGUCUCCUGGUCUUGGCUGGUGGAUACGACCGUUUGAACGCCGAGAACGCGCAAUACUUCGGAGCGCUGGUCGACUUGGCCCAGGAGCUCGACAUGUCCCAGGAUCAAGUUUCCUUCAUCAAGUCGCCUUGUCAGUUUCCUCCACGCGUCACUUUUCCUACUCUAUCUGGUUACAGCCGAUGAAGUGAAGGUGAAUCUUCUGAGAGGCAGCAGAGCCGUUCUCUACACACCCGACAGAGAACACUUUGGCAUCGUUCCCAUCGAGGCCAUGUACCUCGGCGCCCCCGUCAUUGCCGUCAAUUCCGGAGGUUGGGGAUCUCCGAAAAGACUUCUGAUGACUACAGCGGAAGAGAAAAUACAAAGUCAACUCUCAAAAUUUCGAUUUUAUUCAAUUUCAUAAAUGAGUUUGAUGUACACUGAAAUCCUCAGAUAAGUUUUAGACAGAGCUGACCAAAAUUUUUUCGCUCCAUUUUCUCCAUAUCUUCUGAAUAAUUGCCCUUUUUCCAAUAGUAACAAAUGCAAAACUAACUAGCUUUCUUAUGAAAAUUUUGCUUCCAUAUUAGCAUUAAGGACCGCUUGAGACUGUUUCUGAAGGUGAGACAGGUUUCCUGGUUGAUCAGACUCCGGAGGCGUUCGCAGAAAAGAUGAAGAUGUUGAUCCAAGAUGAUGUCACUUGGAGAAAAAUGUCGGAAAAGGUCUGAAAAAUUCAUUUGCUCGCGCAAUUCCUUCAGCUUUCAGGGGACGGAUCGAGUCCGCCGCUUUUUUGGCUUCGAGGCUUUUUCAAAUCGCUUCGACGAAAUUAUCAAUGGAGCAAAUUCAUAA